UGACAGCUGUAUUGACAAUCCCAAAUUAAAAUUUGAGUUUCUGUUGGAAUAUGACGAAAAUAAAUAAAAUUGUGCAAUGAGACAUUAACUGUUAUGAAACUUCAUGCAAAUAUUUUACCGUCUUAGAAUGAUUUAUCAGGUAAAUGGAAUUUUUCGUAAACCUCAUGCCUUUAGACACUUCAUUCGCUGCUUACACGGCGAACCUUCCAGCGUUCUGUAUCCCCUGCAAAAAAGGAAAAUAAUAAAAGUAGCAGGCGAUGAUGCAAGCCGGUUCCUGCACGGCCUCAUCACCAACGACAUGGAACAUUUGUCGUCAGGGGCGCACUCCAUGUAUGCCAUGUUUUUGAACAACAAAGGCAGGGUGUUGUUUGAUACUCUCAUAUACAAGUGGCAAAACCAACCCGCGUUUAUGCUAGAGUGCGAUCAAAACGUUCUCGCGCAGCUCAAAAAACACCUAAAGAUCUUUAAGCUUAGAAGUGCUGUUCAAAUAGAAGAUUUAAGUCAAGAUCUCAGAGUUUGGGCAUUACUGCCAUCUCCUGACUUAACCCCAGAUUGUAAGUCAGUUACCGAAAACCAAAUUAAUAUUUACAAAGAUCCGCGUCUAGCAGAAUUAGGAUACAGAGUUCUAUCCACAGCGUUAUUAAAUGGAAGUCAGGUAGCAAAACAUAUAAAUGAGAAUAUAGAAGUUCAGAGUUCAGAUGAAGGUUACCAUUACUUGCGAUAUAAACUAGGUGUGAGUGAAGGGUCGGAUGACCUUCCACCGGGCUCUUGUUUCCCUCUAGAGGCCAACUGUGAUUAUUUACAUGGAGUUAGUUUCCACAAGGGCUGUUACAUAGGACAAGAACUCACUGCCCGAGUACAUCACACAGGAGUAGUUCGGAAGAGAAUAAUGCCCCUAAAAAUUGUUAACCUAGUAGAUGAUAAGAUAGAAACAGACACUCCCAUCAGAGCUGAAGGCAGACCUAAAUCAAAUUUAGGCAAAUUUAAAAGUUAUAUUAAAGAUUAUGGUUUAGGGCUGGUAAGAAUCAAAGAAGCACUAGAUGCCAAAGUUCUCACUGUUGGUCAGAGUACCAUGGAAGCAGUCAAACCUGUCUGGUGGCCUGUUGAAGCACCAAAAGAAAAAGCUACAACUUCGAAAACUGAAGAAUGAAUUGUUACAUAUAAUAUAUUUAUUUCAAGAUGUGCAUUAAAAA